AUGGAAUAUGUGCAUAUAGAAAGCUUAGAAUGUGGACCGGGUGGCAAUUCGUUGAGUUUUGAAACGGCAUAUGAAGGAUGUUGUUGUACGGGACCAUGUACAGCAAGUACCGGCUGCACUUGUCUUCUCUACAAUCAAGCAAGUCUUAUUUACUUUGAUGUUUUUGAUGCUGGCGAAAAAGGUUAUGGAUUACAGUGUAAAGAGCUGAUUAAAAAAGGUCGCUUUGUUAUUGAAUACAUUGGAGAAGUAAUUGGGCCUGAUGAAGUGAAAAAGCGCCAAUCUGAUACAAACUAUGUUCUGACGAUUAAGGAGAUUUUCCGAGAUCAUACUGAAGUGACGUAUAUCGAUCCGUCGACACGUGGAAAUCAAUCACGAUUUAUAAAUCAUGGUUGUAAUCCUAAUUUGGCAAUGAUUCUUGUGAGAUACGGUACUCCACAGGUACACGUUGGGCUCUUUGCGCUUCGUGAUAUACCUGCUUAUGAAGAGCUAACCUACGAUUAUGGUGCUAAUAGUUCGGAAUUUUGCCUGAAGAAAUCAAUAUUAACUACAAAAAAGUUCUUGAUGAAAUUGUUCAUAGUUUUAUUGAUCACUGUGAAAAUAAUCACCGGUGAAACGAAAUCAGAAACAAUCGUACCUGCAGCAUUCCCGUCACCAACAUCCUUUCUGAAUAAGCAUGCUUCACCAAUACCUGUUGAAAUUACUCCCAUACCUGCUGAUGAUUUUAGCCCAAGAUUUGAUGAUUAUAUCAAUUCAAGUUUUUCUUGUUCAGAAUUUAGACGUAUCGAUACAAACGGUGAUCAGCAAAUUACAUUUGCCGAAUUUAUAUUAGCUGAUCGGCCAUACAUUGAGGAUAAAUCGCGGUUGUACCACAAACAAGAUUUAAAUGGUGAUGGUAUUGUGAGUAAAAGUGAAUUCGCUUCGUAUUAUCGGAAAAGAGAAGAAGAGCGUCGACUGAGGGAACAGCAAGCGGAAAAUUUUUUCAAACAAUUGGAAGUACCAUUCACUCAACCAUUCGGUUUCGGAUUCCCACACAAUCCAUUCUUCCCAUCAAAUAGUCCACCUAUUCAAGGUACGAUGCGCAAUACUUCUUCGCUGGCAGUGUCGCUAGUUAAUGAAAACGGCAAUGGCACUUUGCAAUCCUUGCUUUGA